UAAAAACCUACUCUUUCUAUAGCUUUCCAAGGACUAAGAGAGUGUCAAUAAGAUAAACCUGCACCCACCUCCCCAGCCACCCACCAUCGCCUCUCAUCCAUAAACCCCAUUUCUAAAACCCCAUUACCCCAGCACCGGCCGUUUCAUUUCCCUGUAUUAAAGAAUAAAAAUGGCAUCGACUUUUACGGCCAUGUCCUCGGUUGGAACCUUGGCUGCUCCCAAUGGCCGUGUUAUGGAUAAGAAGUUUGUAUUUUCUUCAAACAAGUUGUCAUCUUUCGCUUCCAUUUCUGCAAGUCGAUUUGGUAGGCCACAGAAUGUAGUUCUACCAAGAUCAAGUUCUCUCAAGGUUAAUGCUGCCAAGGAGCUGCACUUCAACAAGGACGGUUCUGCAAUUAAGAAAUUGCAAACUGGUGUGAACAAGCUUGCAGAUUUAGUUGGGGUUACCCUUGGACCUAAAGGCCGGAAUGUUGUUCUUGAGAGCAAAUACGGUUCGCCUAAAAUUGUUAAUGAUGGCGUGACUGUUGCUAAAGAGGUUGAAUUAGAGGAUCCGGUUGAGAAUAUUGGUGCUAAGUUAGUGAGACAAGCUGCUGCCAAGACAAAUGACUUGGCUGGUGAUGGGACUACAACAUCUGUUGUUCUUGCGCAAGGCCUUAUUGCAGAAGGUGUCAAGGUUGUGGCUGCUGGUGCAAACCCUGUUUUAAUCACUAGAGGCAUUGAGAAGACCACAAGAGCUCUUGUAAACGAACUUAAGUUGAUGUCGAAAGAGGUUGAAGACAGUGAACUUGCAGAUGUGGCAGCUGUUAGUGCUGGGAACAACUAUGAAGUUGGGAAUAUGAUAGCUGAAGCUAUGAGCAAAGUCGGUCGGAAGGGAGUGGUCACCCUUGAAGAGGGAAAGAGUGCUGAUAACAGCCUCUAUGUUGUUGAGGGAAUGCAGUUUGACCGUGGUUAUAUCUCACCUUACUUUGUCACUGAUAGUGAAAAAAUGUCAGUUGAAUAUGAGAACUGCAAGUUGCUUCUUGUGGACAAGAAAAUAACAAACGCAAGAGAUCUAAUCUCCAUUUUGGAAGAUGCAAUUAGAGCUGGAUAUCCAGUUUUGAUAAUUGCUGAAGACAUUGAACAAGAAGCUUUAGCAACUCUUGUUGUCAAUAAGCUUAGGGGUGCUUUGAAGAUUGCUGCCCUCAAAGCUCCUGGUUUUGGGGAACGGAAAAGUCAGUACCUUGAUGACAUUGCUAUUCUGACUGGAGGAACUGUUGUCAGAGAAGAGGUGGGGCUUGCCUUGGACAAAGUAGGCAAAGAGGUCUUGGGACAAGCUUCUAAAGUGGUUCUUACCAAGGACACAACCACCAUUGUUGGUGACGGAAGCACCCAAGAAGCAGUAAAUAAGAGAGUUGCUCAAAUUAGAAAUCUUAUCGAGGCUGCUGAACAAGACUAUGAAAGGGAGAAACUCAAUGAAAGAAUUGCUAAGCUGUCCGGCGGUGUUGCAGUGAUACAGGUUGGAGCACAAACCGAGACAGAGCUUAAAGAAAAGAAACUGAGAGUUGAAGAUGCUCUUAAUGCAACCAAGGCAGCCGUUGAGGAAGGUAUUGUGGUUGGUGGUGGGUGCACCCUGCUGAGACUGGCAUCAAAGGUGGAUGCUAUCAAGGAUAGUCUUGAGAACGAUGAAGAAAAGGUGGGAGCAGACAUUGUAAAGAGAGCUCUGAGCUACCCCCUGAAGUUAAUUGCCAAAAAUGCUGGUGUUAAUGGAAGUGUGGUCAGCGAGAAGGUGCUCUCAACUGACAAUCCUAAAUUUGGAUUCAAUGCUGCAACUGGAAAUUAUGAAGAUCUGAUGGCUGCUGGAAUCAUUGAUCCAACAAAGGUGGUCAGAUGUUGCCUGGAGCAUGCAUCAUCGGUAGCAAAGACGUUCUUGAUGUCCGACUGUGUAGUUGUUGAGAUUAAGGAGCCUGAAUCAGUGCCUGCUGGCAACCCCAUGGAUAACUCAGGAUAUGGGUACUAGGAAGGCAGCUGUGCAACACAUAAGAGGAUCAAAUAAGAUCAGGGGCCCUCAUAGAAGCAAAUGAUCUUUAGUUUGAUGACUGGUAAUGCGUCUUUUGUAAAUUUGAUUACCAAUGUUGGUAGAAAUUACAGAUUCUGGUGAGGGUAGCUUGCCGGAAUACGGCCUGUAUUAUUCUGCAAUUAAUUGUACAAUUGCAAUGAUUUUGAACCCUUUUUUGAGUUGCAAGUCUUAUCUUUGCUCA